GCACCAAGAGAAAGAAGCUAAAGAGAAACGGAGGAGGUAAAUCAGAAGAUGAUGAGUACUUGUGAUUCAAAUAACAUGGUUCAUAAGGAUCAAGAUGCAAAUAUGCUUCCUGGGUAUCGCUUUCAUCCUACUGAUGAAGAGCUUGUGAGGUUUUACCUUCGUAGGAAGGUGGAGAACAAACCCAUUCGUCUUGACCUAAUCAAGCAUAUCGAUAUUUACAAAUAUGACCCUUGGGAUCUUCCAAAAGCUAGUGGUAGUGUUGGGGACAAGGAGUGGUACUUCUUUUGCAGAAGGGGACAGAAAUACAAAAAUAGCAUAAGACCUAAUAGGGUGACAAAGUCUGGGUUUUGGAAAGCCACUGGUAUUGAUAAACCUGUAUAUUCGGAUGGAGACUUUCGCAGCUGCAUUGGCUUGAAGAAAUCCCUAGUUUACUAUAGAGGGAGUGCUGGAAAAGGCACCAAAACCGAUUGGAUGAUGCACGAGUUCCGUCUUUCAGCUAAUUCAAGCAAUAAUACCUCUGACAUCAAAAAUAGUACUCAAGAAGCUGAAGUUUGGACACUUUGCCGGAUUAUGAAGCGCAAUAAUACUUCGAAUGGAAAGUAUACAUCAAAUUGGCAUAAGACAACCUUGAAUCCCAAACAAAGUGUGGCUGACUCGAGUUCUAAAACAUGCAGUUCUGAGUCAGAUACAACUUUUGGUGCUUUGGCUGCUAAGGAUCAAUUUGAGAGGAGUCCUCUUUUCCGUAAUGAUCAUAUGUAUGAAGGGAACCAGUUCUUCCCAGGCCAGCUGAGCUUGAAAGACGAAGUAAUCGAUCCAGACUCUUACAUAAGCUUUCCGAAAUCUCCAAAUGAAUAUGAGAUGUUAACAUCGAACGGAAACUGGGAUGAGCUCAGACCAAUGGUCGACUGUGUUCUAAAUUCAUCACUUCUAUUUGGUUAUAGCUAGCUAGGUAGCUAGUAACAUAGUUAGGGCAAUAGACACGCCCACAAAGCAUGCGGGACUUUUUUUUUCACUGUUUGAUGUAAUGCUUUUCUCUGCAUGAAUAACAUAUAUUAUCACAGUUCCUUUC